AUGAUGGUAUUCCCAUCGAUGAAGACUUCUUCAAGAGCCGGAUUUCCGGCCGGCAGAACAAGCAGAUUUGCGGAGACCUCUUCCCAGACUGGGAUCAGCAGCGGGCCGAAGCUUUCGCAGAGAAGAAAGAGGUUGCUCGGCAGCUCUCUGCAGCUCUCGGCAGCUUGUGCAGUCGUCUUGGCACCCUUAGCAACACUGCGAUUGGCCCUGGGUCUCGAUCGAGUGCGUGCUUGGUGUGAGGAAAGCGGCCUCAAGAAGAUCGCAGUCACAAAUGCACCUCGUGUCAAUGCUGAGUUCAUCAUGGAUUGCAUUGGCUACAGAUCGUGGUUUCCAGAGCUGGUGAUCGGCGACGAGUGUGAGCGUGGGAAACCAGACCCGUGCCCUUACGAGACUGCGAUGAAGCGCUUGGGUGUCCGACCUGAGCGCUGCAUAGCUUUCGAGGACUCGCCGUCCGGAGCCAGAUCCUCCGUGGCAGCUGGGGUCUACACCGUGGGAAUCCUGUCGAGCCAGGAUCCGGAGAAGCUCCGUGCUGCUGGUUGUGCCGAAGUGGUGCAGAGCUUCGAUGAUGAGCACCUGUGGCAGCUCCUGCGGAAAGUGAAGCUUCCACGACCGGGGCAAGCAGUCGAUGCGGCCGACGAGCAUACCCACGAGAAUCGGCGGCUGGUUGUAGAUCUGCUCUCUUCAGCCCAACUGCACUUCGAGCACGACGACGAGACAGAUGUUGAAGUGGGAGUGUCCGUCAUUAUGGGUGACACCAGCUACAGCUGCAUGAAAUCUGAUCUUGCAUAUGCUGGAGACAAUCGUGGCGAUGCAGUCUGCGAGAUCGCCUUGGAAGGUGACAAGUGCUUCGUGCGGGGGCGCACUGGCUAUGUGGACGGACUUAGCUGCCAUCGGCAGGUUGUGCACUACGCAGCUCCUGGCGGCUGCGAUGGUGGUGGAGAUCCUCACAUAGGGAUUGUGCAGCCGCAAAGCGAGGAGGUACCCGAAGACAAGCGCUUCUUUGUGAAGGCGUGCUUGGCAGCCUUGGAAGGAUAUGAUGCCAGAUAUCUCCUGUGCAAAGUGGAUGGUUUUACCAACACAUAUCAGGAGGAGUCUCCGGAUGAGGUCAUCCGAAUAUUUGGCAGCCACUCCAUCCUGCCGUCCAACAAAACAACUAGGGAAGAUAUUACUUCCUUCGGUGAAGAAUUUGGAGCCGGAUUUUCUGGUGCUGAAGGCGAUGUGGUCGAGCGCAUCUUUCGCAGGCUUGAUCGAAAUCAUGAUGGAGCAGUGACGGCGCAUGAGCUUCGCACAGCCUGCAUCGACAGCACCGUUCGAGUAGCGCUCCAAUGGACCUUCCCAGAUACCUGCUUGGAGGAAGUCUUCGCUGAGCUGGAUGCCAAUAGAGAUGGAAUGGCACUCGCCCUGGCGAAGCCUGACAUUGAGUCUCGUCGGUUCGACACGAGGGACAGCUGCUCGGAUCUUGUUUGGACCAUCGCAUCAGCAAUUCCACCUAGUUGUUGCAGCAGGCAGCCAGACCAACAGCCGCUGUACCAGCAGACAGUCUUCAAUGGUAUUGGCGGAAUAGAGGUGAUCAAGUGGUUUGCCGACCGGGUUGAUAUGAUCUUGGUCCUCUUCGAUGUGUCCAAGCUGGACAUCUCCGACGAGUUUCGUCGUGUGCUGCUUGCUCUGAAAGGGAACGAUCAGAAGAUACACAUCAUUCUCAACAAGGCCGAUCAAGUGACGACGCCGCAGCUAAUGCGCGUCUACGGGGCGCUCAUGUGGUCCUUGGGAAAGGUGAUUGACACCCCGGAAGUGUCCCGUGUUUACAUUGGGUCCUACUGGGACGGAGCGCUGCGAAACGUAGAGAUGAGAAGUCUUUUCGAGUCAGAAGAGAAUGACCUUUACACCGCCUUAUCACAGAUGCCCCGCGGUGCAGCAACGAGAAAGCUGAACGAUUUGAUCAAGCGGGCGAGAUUGGCCCGGGUGUUGGCCUUCUUGUUGAACCACCUCAGGAACAAAAUGCCAUCCUUCAUGGGCAAGAGCAAGGAGCAGAAGAAGCUCAUAGACAACCUCACCAACGUUUAUGGGGAGAUCGCGAAGGAGCGCGGCUUGGCAAUGGGCGACUUUCCCGACCCAACCAUGAUGCGGGAGAAGCUGGAGAAGAUGGAUUUUACCAAGUUUCCAAAGCUUGACAAGAAGAAAAUGGACAACUUGGAGGCCAUGAUUCACGAGGAGCUACCUCAGCUCCUAAAGAUGACAUCAGAGGAGGCCGCUGCAGCUCAGGCUGCGGAGGUGGCACAGCUAUCGGUUGGUGCUUCACCUUUCGCUGUGAUGAAGGUGGAUGGGCAAAGCGAACAGAGUGUCUACCAAAAUCAGUGGCUCGUAUUUCCAACUGUUGAGGACUAUGCGCAAGAGUUUGAGUCCAUUGGUCCCAAUGCUGCUGGGAAGAUCUCGGGCUCGCAGGCGAAGGUCAAGUUGGAGGAGAGCAAGCUUCCGUCAAAGGUCCUGCACGCCAUCUGGAACCUUUCCGACGUGGACAAGGAUGGCUUCUUGUCUUUGUCUGAGUUUGCCCUCGCCCAGCAUUUCAUCAAGAUGAAGCUGGCCGGGCAGGAUCUCCCUGCUUCGCUUCCGCCACAGAUGGCUCCACCACCUGAGGCCAAUCGGGCCUAG